AUGGCUUAUCAAGGUUCGGGGAAUCACUCGCCCCCCCAUUAUGAAGACGGCUCCCAUCGCCUUCAGGAUCUUCCAGCUGGUGCCUCCUAUGAAGAAGAGGCCUCCAGAGGAUUGCUGUCGAGCCAACAAGGCCCUUUCAAUAGCCCCUUCGAUGAUCCGCACCAGCGCGGUGUCUCCCCUCAGCGACCCGCUUCAGGAUACAGUUUGACCGAGACCUAUGCCGCCGAUGCUAACUACAACGACCCCUACAAUGCCGGGUCUGGCUCGGUCUACUCCGGUCAUUCCAUGGAGAACCCCGCGACUGCCUUUGGUGUUCCUGGUCGUGUCGCGUCUCCCUAUGCGCGCAGCGAGACCUCUUCUACCGAGGCAUGGCGCCAGCGACAGGCACCUGGAGGAGCGAACGGAGGUGGUGGCGGCGGCCUCCGUCGUUACGCUACGAGAAAGGUCAAGCUGGUCCAGGGUUCCGUCCUGAGUGUGGAUUACCCAGUCCCCAGUGCCAUUCAGAAUGCCAUCCAGGCAAAGUACCGCAACGACCUCGAGGGUGGAAGCGAGGAAUUCACUCACAUGCGGUAUACCGCCGCGACUUGCGAUCCGAAUGAAUUCACCCUCCACAACGGUUACAAUCUUCGUCCCGCCAUGUACAACAGACAUACCGAACUUCUCAUUGCGAUUACAUACUAUAACGAAGAUAAGACACUCACCUCGCGUACCCUUCAUGGUGUGAUGCAGAACAUUCGUGAGAUCGUCAACCUGAAGAAGUCCGAAUUCUGGAACAAGGGUGGUCCCGCGUGGCAGAAGAUCGUGGUGGCUCUGGUGUUUGACGGUAUUGAUCCUUGUGACAAAGAUACUCUGGACGUCCUGGCCACCAUCGGUAUCUAUCAGGACGGUGUCAUGAAGCGUGAUGUCGACGGCAAGGAGACUGUGGCCCACAUCUUCGAGUACACCACACAGUUGUCUGUGACUCCCAACCAGCAGCUCAUCCGCCCCACCGAUGACGGUCCCAGCACGCUUCCCCCGGUGCAGAUGAUGUUCUGUUUGAAGCAGAAGAACAGCAAGAAGAUCAACUCUCACCGAUGGCUCUUCAACGCGUUCGGACGCAUUCUCAAUCCCGAAAUUUGUAUCCUGCUGGAUGCUGGUACGAAGCCCGGCCACAAGUCUCUCCUGGCGCUGUGGGAGGCUUUCUAUAACGACAAGGAUCUCGGUGGUGCUUGUGGUGAGAUCCACGCCAUGUUGGGUAAAGGCUGGCGAAACCUGGUCAAUCCGCUGGUCGCCGCUCAGAACUUCGAGUACAAGAUCAGUAACAUUCUCGACAAACCGCUGGAGAGUUCGUUCGGAUAUGUCAGUGUCUUGCCCGGUGCUUUCUCUGCGUAUCGAUUCCGUGCGAUUAUGGGACGGCCGCUCGAGCAGUACUUCCACGGUGACCACACACUCUCGAAGCAGCUAGGCAAGAAAGGUAUCGAGGGCAUGAACAUUUUCAAGAAGAACAUGUUCUUGGCCGAAGACCGUAUCCUGUGUUUCGAACUGGUCGCCAAGGCCGGCUCCAAGUGGCAUCUGUCUUAUGUGAAGGCCUCCAAGGCCGAAACUGACGUGCCCGAGGGUGCCGCCGAAUUCAUUUCUCAGCGUCGUCGUUGGUUGAACGGUUCGUUCGCCGCCGGUAUCUACUCCCUCAUGCACUUCGGACGGAUGUACAAGAGUGGUCAUAACCUGGUCCGCAUGUUCUUCCUGCACAUUCAAAUGUUCUACAACAUCUUUAAUACGGUCCUGACGUGGUUCUCUUUGGCGUCGUAUUGGCUUACCACCACCGUCAUCAUGGAUUUGGUCGGAACUCCCAGCAAGGAAAACGGAGAGCGUGGUUUCCCCUUUGGGAAGGAUGCGACGCCGAUCGUCAACACGCUUGUGAAAUACAUCUAUCUGGCCUUCUUGCUUCUGCAGUUCAUUCUCGCCUUGGGUAACCGUCCCAAGGGAUCCCGCUUCUCGUAUCUCGCCUCGUUCGUGGUCUUCGGUGUGAUCCAGAUUUAUGUGCUGGUCGAUGCCAUGUACUUGGUGGUUCGCGCUUUCAGUGGCACUGCUCCGAUGGAUUUCGUCACGGACAAGGGCCUUGGCGAAUUCCUGAAAUCCUUCUUCGGCGGUAAUGCUGGUCUUGUCGUGAUCGCCCUCGCCGCCACCUUCGGUCUCUACUUUGUUGCGUCCUUCAUGUACAUGGACCCGUGGCACAUGUUCACCUCGUUCCCCGCCUACUUGGCCGUGCAGUCGUCCUACAUCAACAUCCUGAACGUGUAUGCUUUCAGCAACUGGCACGAUGUGUCCUGGGGUACCAAGGGAUCUGACAAGGCGGAUGCGCUGCCCUCGGCCAAGACCACGAAAGAUGAAGGCGGCAAAGAUGCGGUCAUUGAGGAAAUCGACAAGCCCCAGGCCGAUAUCGACAGUCAGUUUGAAGCGACGGUGAAGCGUGCUCUCACGCCUUACGUUGCUCCUGUGGAGAAGGAAGAGAAGUCUCUGGAUGAUUCGUACAAGAGUUUCCGUACCCGACUGGUCACGUUUUGGAUUUUCAGCAAUGCUCUUCUUGUUCUUUGCAUUACCAGCGACGGUCUGGACAAGUUUGGUUUCACGAACUCCGCCACCGAACGGACAUCGCGUUUCUUCCAGGCUCUGCUGUGGGCCAACGCUAUUGUUGCGCUUUUCCGUUUCAUCGGUGCUUGUUGGUUCCUGGGCAAGACUGGCCUGAUGUGCUGCUUCGCCCGCCGGUAG